AUGGAUCUGGGCUGCACUUCCCACAGCAACCGUGGAGCUGUGACGUGUCAGCAGGCCCAUGAUGUCAUAAGUGUGACAAUGUCAUUGCACGAUCGCCUUUUGGAAGAUGCCAAGAAGGAUUUGAAGCAGGCGGAGAGAGAGAUGCAGAGGCAGAUGAGGCUAAUGGACCUGCACCUGCGGCAGCUCCAUGAAAAGCUGCCUGUGUCCUGCCUGUGCAGCCCAGCCCGGUGCCCCUGCUGCCUGCACCAGCCCAGUCGCCAUCCCUGGGAGAGAAUGGCUCUCACCACAAGGCUGGAUGUGGAGCAAGACCUGGGCAGCAUGCAAAGAAGACUUAACAGGGUGUUGAACUCUUCCCAUGAUCGCAAGCUUUUGGCUUUGAUGGAUGUGGAGGGGUUUGACCCCAAGGACGUCACUGUAACAGUGAAAGACGGGAAGGUGAAGGUGUUAGCGGAGCACGAGGAGGAGCACACCACCACAAAAGGGAAGACAUAUAACUACAAAAACAUCACGAAGGAAGUCAGCCUGCCGCCAGGGGUAAGCGAGGACGAGGUGACCUACUCACUGGAACCGAAUAGCGUUGUGAAGAUUGAAAUUGCGCGCAAGUGCUACCCUUGUUCCCUGAGCCGCUGA